CCAUACUGUAGCCAGAGAGGGGCAAAAAGAUAUUAGCACUAGCACCACGAGCCACAAAACCCCCCACACGACUUGAUGACUUGAUCAUGCAACAGAGCACCCACAGUAUACUUCAUCCUCACACCUCACCCUUAUAACUUCACACCCUCCACAUCAAAGAACAAAGCUCGCGUCCAUCAGAAAAGCAGCAGAGACAGCAAAUACAUACAAUGGCAGACAACAUCAAUCCAGGCAACAACAAUCGAGAUACUAGUAUCUUGGCGGAGGCCAAGCGAUUGGUGGCGUACCCAAAGGGACGAGAGUCAAUGAAAUCAGUGGCCGCGGCACAGGUUGGCCAAAAGGAUGCGGAGUCCACAACUGUCCGCACCAAAUGUGUGAAGAGAGCCGGAAGUGGCCAGUAUCCGACUAACGCUCCGAUGCUCCAAGAAGCGAAGAGACAGAUUGCCUAUCCAAGAGGCAGUUCAAGUCUAAGCGAUAAUCAGGUUGAAGUCAGCCCGGAUGGGCCGAAAGAAUCGGGCAGAAAUAGUGACACCGCCAACCCAUCGGAGAUGUUACAAGAUGCCAAGAACCAGAUUGCCUAUCCCAGGGGUCGAAACUCGGUCACCAAUACGACAGAAUCAGCCAUUAGUCAAAAUCAAACGACACAACCCGAAUAUGCAGCAGUAUCGAGAGAGGGCGUCUCUGGCGAUAUUCUUCACCAGGCAAAGAGUUUGACUCCGUUUCCAAGAGCACGUCGUUCCGCAAAUGGCGUUGCAUCUACAGAGAGUCACCCUAGCACCAAUCUUCAAUUAACUUUCGACCAGCAACCACCACAUCCGAAUAACUCUGAUGAAAACAUUCAUAGCAUGCCACCAGCACAAACUGAUACAACCUAUCCAACUGAACCUGGAGCAUAUGCAGAUGGUGAUGCCGAGUCUACAGAAGAAGAAGAAGACACCUUGGGUGUUUCUGAGGAGGUAGUGGAAGAUGAUGUGGAGGCAAGUCGUCCUGUUGGAGGAGAUGACAUGACCCAUGGACUGGCUGUUGCCAAUUUAGUGGAGGAGGAUUCAACACCCUUCGAUCUUCAGCAUGCUCAAGAUUUUGACCUGGAAGCUUCCCAAAAGAGAGGUGAAGCCACCAAGCAGUUCAAAACCAACUUGUUUCUGGGGAUUCUUCUUCUUAUUGCCAUCGUUAUCAUUUUAAUGGCUGUACUGGUCCCAAGCAAAGGGUCAGCUGACACUAAUCUUGAUGAUAUGGCUCCAACUGCAUCACCAACAACUGCACCGCCAUCCCGGAGUCCUUCCCAGGCUCCAACCUCCAUUGAGGAUCGUGUCUCGUCUCUUCUCCACGAUGAAACGAUUCAUGCAAUCACGGCGGAUCCUAGUUCACCACAAGGACGAGGCUACCAGUGGUUGAUGGAGGACACAAUCAACAUCCCCCUGUUAUCCGAUGAGCGCAUCAAGCAGCGGUUUGCCUUGGCCACUCUGUACUUUGCCACAAGUGGAGACAAUUGGCUGGCCAACAACAACUGGCUCAACCACAGUGUUCAUGAGUGUGAUUGGUUCAACAAGCCAUCCUUUGCCAUGAAAGAUUUGUUGGGCCAUUUUUACCCUGGGUACUUGGAUGAAAUGUUCCCUCCCACAGAACCGGCUCCCACUACCUGUGAUGAGGAUGGUCUUUACCAGCAUCUCUGGUUGGAUCAAAACAAUCUUUUGGGCACUCUGCCAAUUGAACUCUACUCGUUGACAUCACUACAAUCUCUAUCGGUGAUCCUGAAUGGAUUGAAAGGGGCCGUGCCCAGUGAACUAGGCCUGCUUACUUCUCUUGAAGGCCUGGCCAUCAAUAAUAUAGAGAAUGCUGGGACAGUGCCAACUGAAAUUGGGCUCUUGACAAAGAUGAGGGCAAUUGGACUUGGUGACAAUAAUCACCAGGGAAGUUUGCCCACAGAGUUCUGGCAACUGACCAACUUGGAGACCCUCAUAACAAGCCGCAAUGCUCAGUUGGGAGGCACUAUUCCAACAGAAAUUACUGCGUUAUCAAAGUUGAGGUGGCUUGUCAUGGAUGAGUGUGACCUGUCUGGAACUAUUCCCACGGAGCUUGGCCAACUGAAACAUCUUGAUUGGAUAGCUUUCUAUGGGAACAGAUUGUCUGGCACCCUUCCAAGCGCACUUGGACAGCUUCCAGAGUUGAAAUUUUUCACUGUCGAGAAGAACAAUCUGCGAGGUGAGGUGCCCAGUGAAGUAGGCCUUCUUACAGAUCUUGUUUGGCUCAGUUUAGGUGACAACAGCUUCUCAGGGCAGAUUCCAAGUGAGUUUGGACUCCUGACAAAUCUGGCUUUGGCACUACAUUUCUACAACAACAGUCAAAUGUCUGGUACUAUUCCAACACAGAUUGGCCUCCUCUCAUCACUGCAUGAGUUGACCUUGCACAAUGCCCAGUUCUCAGGGCAGAUUCCCAGCGAACUAGGACUCCUUUCAUCCGUAGGUGCGCUGAGUUUUGGCAACAACUCCCUUUCUGGCACCAUCCCUGAAGAACUGGCAGCACGGCAGAAAUCCCUUUAUGCCAUGAUGGUGACAGACAAUCCCUCGUUGUCUGGUACAAUUCCUGAGGCUCUCUGCACCCUCAGUGGUGCAUGCAUUCCUUCCGUCGUCAAUCCGUGUGAGGGAACGCACCAUGGCAUGUAUUUUGACUGCACCAAUGUGCUUUGUGGCUGUAGUUGCCCUUGUGGAGAUUCCAAUAGCUAGUGAGGGAGCCAUUGGAGCGCUUUUUGACAUCAUACCCCCAAUGGAAGAAGAUCUUGGUCUGAGCUUGUCACAACAACAGCAAAACAACUAAGGCGGAACACCUGGCAUUUUCAUUCAUUAUCAUUGCUCCCAU